GCUGAGUCACCCUGCCACCCUGAGCUGCGCAAGCCACAUUCCCUGCUUGCACAUGACCCACCUUGCUUAAUCCUCAGGGUUCUCUUCUUCGUGGAAGGAAAACCACCACGGAUCCCAGAAUUCCAGUAGGCUGUUGGACUUCGCUUGACCAUGAGCGUCAUGUGGGGAGUGUGUGUGUGUGUGUGUGUGUGUGUGUGUGUGUGUGUGUGUGUGUGUGCAGAGCUUGAGUUUUCUCCAUGUGGGCAUGUGGGGGGUCCCACGGGUCAACACACCAGCGCUGCUUGAAUCGGGGCCUCCGGCUUUGGGUUCCAGCUCGGCUGGGCCCAGGGACAGGACAGGAGUUGGCGCUUCCCUGAGGAAGAAGCCUGGAGGUCUGUGGACCCUGCCCCCUGCCCCCUAUGGCCUGUCCCCUGCCCCCUGCCCCCUGCGCCCUGCUCUGCCCGGCUCCCGGUUGUUCCCUGUUCCCUGCUCCCAGCUGCGCAUUCCAGGGCGCCUCCUUGGGCGCGGACCUUGGAAACUUCAAAACUGUCCCAGCCUGGGCUCAGGGAGGUUUGCAAGGUGCCAAAACCAGCUCCAGGGCAGCAGCCAAUGGAAGCCGGGAGCCCUCCCCCGCAGCCCCCCGCUGCUCACAACACUGCAGCUCCUCAGGCCUGGCACAGAAGUCACGACCAGUGGCCGGGGUGCUGUGCCCCUGCGCCCGUCCGCUCCCGACAUGGCCUGUGGGCAAGUGCUCCUGUUCGCCGGCCUCUCGGCCCUGGGGCUCCUGGCCUUGCUGCAGGGGGGUACUGGGGCCUCGGUGGGAACCGGGCAGGCGGGACCCCAGGAGGCGCAGGAAGACACUGGGCAGAUUUUCAUGCAGGAAUCAGAUGCCUCAAAUUUCCUCAAUAAACGAAGCAGGCGGUCCCCCAAGUCCCCAGAUGAGGCCUACGCGGAGACCAGGCAGAAGCUGCGGGCGGAAGAGCUGCGGAGGGAGGACCUGGAGGAGCAGCGGAGCGAGCAGGAGCACUACGCGGAGGAGCAGAGAGACGAGCAGGAAGAGAGGAGCCGCGAGGCCAUCGAGCAGUGGCGCCAGUGGCACUACGAUGGGCUGUCCCCGCCAUAUCUCUACAACCGCCACCACAUCUGAGCUCUCCUGAUGCCCGCCUGCGCCCGCCGCGGGGGCCCCUGGCGGGAAACGCUCGUCUCUCGAGCUCAGGCUGUGCACCCCUGCCCGAGCUGCUUUGCCGCUGGUUCUGGGGGCGAGCAGAUGUGUGUCCCGUGCUUUGCUGCUGUCGUGUCCCUGCCAGGAGACACAAGGGCCCAUUGGCACCGCGCCUGCAAAUAAA